ACCAGUUCCAAAAUCGCAUUUUGCUUAAGUUGGAUCGAUGUGUGCUCUGCUUCACCUGUUAUUAACCGUAGCGGUGUUGCUGCUCACGGCGCCAUCAAAAUCAAUUGGUGACGACCUCUUGCCAGACAAGAAAGCUAGAUAUUUGCCUGAAGUGAAUGUUCAAAAGACCGAGGAAGAGUGGAAACAAUGGGCCGAAGAGAACAAACCCAAAUUAGAUGUGAUUAAUGCGAGACGAAUUGAACAAUCAACGAUCGCUGGCCAAAGUCAAGAUUUUAUUGAGAAGCAAAUAAUUGGAGGAUCAUUUGCCGAGCUAGGUCAAUUACCGUGGCAAGCGUUUGUUUUGAUUGACGAUGCUUCUCAAUGCGGUGGAUCAGUGAUUUUGGAGGCGUGGAUUUUGACAGCAGCUCAUUGCGGAGGGACAAACUAUAAGAUCACUUUGGGCGUUGUCGACCUAUCCACUGCCACGGAGAGGGAUGUUUGGUCCUCUAGCAUCUCAUUUAUUCACGAAGAUUAUGAUUCAACUACACUCAAAAAUGACGUAGCCCUAAUCAAGCUGGAAACACCUAUCACUUUUACCACCUUAAUUAAACCUAUAAAACUACCGGCCCUCGCAGAUGCUACGAAAGAUUUCACAGGAACCCUAGCAACCGUCUCAGGCUUUGGGAAAAUCGCUGACAAUGGACCUACAAGUGACAAACUGAAGUAUACUCAGGAAACAGUUAUCAGCAAUGAGGAGUGUGCAUCGGUUUACGGCACAGACAUCAUCAUUAGCUCAACCAUUUGUGCCUCUCAGCAGGAUACUGCAACAUGCUCAGCAAACAGCGGUGGCCCUCUCAUAUAUUUGGAUCAAGACAACACAUGGGUGCAAAUAGGAAUUGUUUCAUUCGGUCUUCAAGCUGGCUGUUUGGCUGGACCAUCAGGAUUUGCUCGCGUAAGCUCCUUCUUGGGAUGGCUUUCAGGGAAGAUUGGACAAGAUGUGUCAGGGACAACCACCGAAACACCUACAACUUCAGAGGAACAAACCACGAGCACAGAUACACCGACGACGACCAUUGACUCUACAUCCGAAGAGUCAACUUCAACCACAGUGGAACCAACCUCUUCAACUGAAGAAACAACAUCUUCCAUGACGACCGUUGAGGGACAAUCUUCUACAUCCGAAGAGUCAACUUCAACCACAGAGGAACCAACUUCUUCAACUGAAGAAACAACAUCUUCCAUGACGACCAUUGAUGGACAAUCUUCUACAUCCGAAGAGUCAACUUCAACCGCAGAGGAACCAACCUCUUCAACUGAAGAAACAACAUCUACCACGACGACCAUUGAUGGACAAUCUUCUACAUCCGAAGAGUCAACUUCAACUACAGAGGAACCAACCUCUUCAACUGAAGAAACAACAUUUACCAUGGAAGAAACUACGACCACAGAAGAAACUACGACCACAGAAGAACCUACUACAACUACAAAACGGACAACCACAAAGAAACCUUCGACGAUCACGACCAAGAAGCUAACUACUACUAAGAAACCAACCACGAAGAAACCAACUACCACAAAGCCUACAACUACAAAGAAACCAACAACAACAAAAAAACCAACCACGAAGAAACCAACAACCACAAAGAAACCAACAACCAAAAAGCCUACAACUACAAAAAAACCCACAACUACGAAAAAACCAACCACUAAGAAACCAACUACAACAAAGAAACCAACCACCACGAAGAAACCCACCACCAAAAAGCCAACAACUACCAAAAAACCCACCACUACGAAAUCAAAUAAUGCUGGUAAAUAGAAUAGAUUUAUUUGCCUGUGAUAAUUGGUAAAAUUGGCUCUCAAUACUGCGUGAACCAUUCAUUUUUAAGGAAUUGCCGGAAUUGCAUUGAAAAUUAACUCAACCACUAAAGGUUUUGUCAUUAAAUUUAUUGUUUUUCUGACAGUGUGAUGCUUUUUAACACUUUGUUUUUCUUUUAAAAAAUCUUGAGUUAAAAAGAGCUAAGCGAAAUUGAAAUUGAAUAUUAAUAUUGUAUAACAUAUAUCGAGCCAAUUUCUAUAGCACCCAGUCAAUCCAGUGUUUUCCAGCUGAACAGAAUAGCAUCUAAUCUAAAAACGAAGCAACCUGUGUUAAUGAAAUGUUAUUGACUUAAAUAAUAAAUUUUAUGCUUGAAGAAUU